AUGCCGAACGCGACAGGACAGGUGCGAGUUCUGAGCGCGGGAGAAGGCCGACAUGGGCGUUCCUGUUCGCUAUGUUAUCAACGCAAGGUGAAGUGCAAUCGCACCGAUCCAUGCCUGAACUGCACCGUCGCCGCAGCACCAUGCGUCUACCCUAGCGGCCGCAUUCAGCGGCGGCGGCCCAAGAAACCUCAAUCGAAGAAUUCCUCAAGGGGUGCAACGCCCAGUGCGAAAGGCACGCAAAAUGAGCAAAUCUCUUUCAUAUCAGAUAGCCGACCUAGCUGCAGCCCGUCCUCAGCAGCCACCGAAAACAGUGACGCCUGUAACGGGCGUCUGCUUAGAGAUGGGGAUGGCAAUUGUCGCCUAAUCACUGCAACCUUUUGGGGCCGCCUUCCUCGAGAGGUCGAAGACCUUGGCCAAGUCCUGGCCGACAGUCCCCGAAACGACCAGGGUCAGCACAUAUCCGCCUUCAGCUCCGAUCCAGUGAGACGCAAACAAGCACAAUCUCCGUCCGAGUGGAAGCCGUUAUAUCAACCUACCAGAAGUGGUCUGCGCAGGCUAUGGAGCAUCUAUCUCGAAAACGUCGACCCUAUCAUAAGAGUGAUUCAUAGACCGACGGUGAAACGGGUCAUUGAUCAAGCGGUUUUCGAUGGCGGCGUCACUGGCAAAGGAUGGAAUGCGCUUGUGCUCGCAAUUAGUUUUGCUGCUGUCGCCAGUCUCGCACCAGAAGAUAAAACAGGAGUGAUUGGGAAUGAUACCGAAGCGCUGUACGUAUCUUACAAGGCCGCCACCGAACAAGCCCUCAAAGAUGCCAACUUCAUCGAAACCCAUGACCUGCAAGUCCUGCAGGCUUUUGUCAUUCUACUGAGCUGCGUAAGAAGGCAUAACACCCGGUCCGUGCUCACACUUACAGGCCUCGCUCUCAGUAUUGCCAGAGCCAUGGGACUGCACAGAGAUGGCAGUCACUUUAACUUCUCCCUCUUUGAGAUUGAGAUGCGCCGCCGGAUCUGGUGGCAGAUUUGUAUGCUUGACUAUAGGGCCUCUGAGGACCACGGUUGUGACGCCAGUAUAUUACCCGUAUCAUUUGACACAGAAUUACCGUUGAACAUAAACGACGCCGACAUACACCCCGACAGCUCAGAGAUAUCUGCGAGACCCGGCUGCAGCGAAAUGACGUUUGCACUGAUUCGUUUCGAGAGCUGGGUGACUCACGCUGCUUUGACUUCUUCGACCGACAUGCCCAUUCUCUCAAGAAUGGUGGAGCGAGAAGACAAAGACAUGAUUCUGCAAACCUUUGAAAAGACUUUGAGGGACCGGUAUCUCGAUGCUUGCGAGCGUGAGCUAUCAGAACCCUUGAAUCGAUGGUGUUCCAUGGUUGGAAACGUCCUCACGGCGAAACUGAGGAUUGUUACCGAUCACCCUGUCCAGUACACGGCUACGGACCAGGACUCGACAGUUGUAUGCGACGAGACCAAGGCACAAUUUGUCAACGCGCUCGACAUCCUCACUCUCCAUGAAAGGGUGAAGCUCGAUCCCGGGUUGGCUUGCUGGCAAUGGUACUUUUCCGUUCACACGCAGUGGCACGUCACGGUGUUGGUCCUACGAACCCUAUGUGUCUGGACGGAGGGCGACGAGGUCGAGAGAGCAUGGGAGAUCAUCGACCGCCUUUUCUCCUCACAGACAGACCCAAAGUCAGCCAAUAUGUGGAAGCCACUAGGGCGCUUGAAAGAGUACGCGGCCAAGGCCCGGGCAGAGCGUCAAGGUGAGCAGUCUAAGGGCGCGGGAUUAUCCGAUGAUAUUGUUGAUCUCGACCUUUUUAUGGGUUCAUGGGACCCUUCUUCAGAGGUAGAUCUCAGAUGGUACGACAGCGGAUCUUUAGAGACUUGGUUCUCUAGUACUUGA